UGUGGCCAGCAGGAGGCCGCCAAGGUCUCCCGUUUCCAGGUUCCUCCCUUUGCCCCACCUGGAGUCUAAGGAGCUGUCUCCGCCCCGCGCCGCGCACACCCAGCGGCCGUCGAGCCGGCGUCCCCGACUCCGUUUCAGGUCCUAAGCCCUCGGCGGACGAAAUCUGGCGGCGGGCAGAGGCGCGGCCGCCCCCUCCGCCUGAUUUCGCCCGCCCCGCCCGGCCGUGCCGCGUGGAGCGCCGGGGAGCGCACGGAGCUCGGCGCGCUGACCUGGGCCAUGGAGGCGGCCUGCACCUGGUUGCUGCUGCUGCUGCUGCUGCUACUGCUGCUGGCGGCGCUGGCGCUGUCGGGGACCCGCGCCCCCGGCCACCUGCCUCCCGGGCCCGCGCCGCUGCCGCUGCUGGGAAACCUCCUGCAGCUGAGGCCCGGCGCGCUCUACUCGGGGCUCUUGCGGCUGAGCCGGAAGUACGGCCCCGUAUUCACCGUACACCUGGGGCCGAGGCGCCGGGUCGUGGUCCUGGUGGGCCAUGAGGCCGUGCAGGAGGCCCUGGGUGGGCAGGCCAACGAAUUCAACGGGCGGGGCAGGCUGGCAACGCUGGAUGGAACCUUCCAGGGCCAUGGGGUCUUCUUCUCCAACGGGGAGCGCUGGAAACAGCUGCGGAAGUUCACGGCACUCAGCCUGCGGGACCUGGGCAUGGGGAAGCGAGAAGGAGAAGUGCUGAUCCAGGCCGAGGUGGGCCACCUGCUGGAGGCGCUCCGGGACACACAAGGACAGGCAUUUGACCCCUCACUGCUGCUGGCUCAGGCCACCUCCAAUGUGAUGUGUUCCCUCCUCUUCGGCCGCCGCUUCCCCUACGAGGAUGAGGAGUUUCGGGGCGCGGUCCAGGCUGCCAAAGGUAUCCUGCUGGAGGUCUGCUCCCCAUGGGGCCAGACCUACGAGAUGUUCUCCCACCUCCUGCACCAGCUCCCCGGGGCCAGCGGCCUCUCUCGGCUGCUCGGCCACGUGGGCACCUUGGCAGGCUUCGCCACCCAGCAGGUACAACAGUGCCAGGCCAGCCCUGACCCCGACCCCUCAGGCCCCGCACGGGACGUGGUGGAGGCCUUCCUGCGGAAGAUGGCCCAGGAAGGGGGAGACCCUGAGACAGAACUCACCACCGAGGAGGACAUGCUGAUGACUGUCAUCUACCUGCUGUUCGCGGGGACAGUGACCGUCAGCGCCACCACUUGCUUCGUCUUCCUGCUGCUGCUGAAGUACCCCCGAGUGUACGAGCGCGUGCAGGAGGAGCUGGCUCGGGAAUUGGGGGCCGGCCAGCUGCCCAGCCUGGGAGACCGAGCUCGCCUCCCUUACACGGACGCGGUUCUGCAUGAAGCACAGCGGCUGCUGGCUCUGGUGCCCAUGGGAAUACCCCGGGCCCUCACCAGGACCACCUGCUUCCGAGGAUACACCCUGCCGCAGGGCACCGAGGUCUUCCCCCUGCUCGGCUCUGUCCUGCAUGACCCCAAGGCCUUUGAGCAGCCCGAGAAGUUCAACCCCGACCGCUUCCUGGAUGCGGAUGGAAAGUUCCAGAAGCAGGAGGCCUUCCUGCCCUUCUCCCUCGGAAAGCGUACCUGCCUCGGGGAGGGCCUGGCCCGAGCCCAGCUCUUCCUCCUGGUCACGGCCGUGCUGCAGACCUUCUCCCUGGACAGCCCGCGCCCGCCCUGCGCCCUCAGCCUCCAGCCGGCCGUCAGUGGCCUUUUCAACAUUCCCCCGGCCUUCCAGCUGCAAGUCCGGCCCCGAUGACUUACCCAGACCCCAGUCCCCGCCAUGCGCCCAGUGAGGGAGCCUUAACCUCUGACAUGGAGUCGAGGGUGUUCGGAGCCACGAGUCUACACUGCCGGCAGCCACAUUGACAUCGCCGGAGUCUACACUGCCAGCAGCCACAUUCACACCGGUCUACACUGCUGGCCAGCUGUCACAUUCACACCCCUGGUCUACACUGCCAGCAGCCAUAUUCAAUCCCCAGAAUCUACACUACUGGCAGCUACAUUCAAACCAGUCUACACUGCCAGCCGGCUGCCACAUUCACAUCCCUGGUCUACACUGCUGGCAGUCACAUUCACAUCCCCAGAGCUAUUUGCCAGAGAAAGGCACAUGGUUGAUUACUAGACCCAGAUGCCACAGGGCACGUGUGCCCACAGGUCCACACAGCGAUCCAGACGAGUCUGUAGCGCCAGACAUGAUCCGAAGGGCCACCAGCUUCCCAGUCAGCCCACUCGGGAGAUCUCUGCCGCCCACACAGCCUCCUGUGUUCCCUCCCUUUUUUUUUCCCCCUUUUUUGUUGUUUUUUGUGCCACACCCAGUAGUGCUCAGGGGUUAUUUCUGGUUCUGUCCUUAACAAAAGUAUGCCUGGCGGUGCUCGGAACCAUAUGGGAUGCCGGGGAUCGAACCCAGUCAGUCACAUCCCUUUUUUGUUUCCUUCUGACUGCAAAGAUGAGCGACCAUAGUCAGAGUGGAGUGCAGAGGACACGUCCCCUCCCUCUAUCUGGCUGCACUGCCCCCCAGCACAUGCCUGUCUCUGUCCCCACGGCCCCUCGGGAGCCCUCGGCCAGCUCUCUGCACACCCGUGCUGUUGUUCCUAACACCACCACCCUCCCCCGCCCCCGCCCAGUCCAGCCCUCAGACACCCUGAUCCCCAGCUCGCCCAAACCCAGCACACAAUUGUGGAUGCUCCAGUCACAGCCCUCCCCCCCACCCCGACACACACAGUGCUUCUGUAGCCCCGUGGAGAGCCUCACCAGCCCCCCACAUACACAGACCACCCUCCCUUAUGGUCGCGCCCCAGUUAGCUAGACCUCGGGGUGGGAGGGGGACACAGACUCCCUGCACCAGGGGACCAGGCCAAGUGUGACGUCCUGGGAACUGGAAGGUCCCCA